CACGGUAUAGGCACACGACACAAGCACACGACACAGGCACACGACACGGACACGGCGGCGCGCCUAGCGGGAGCGCGCGGAAGGGGCGGCCCGGCGUCGGACAUGCCGCUGGCCAAAGACCUAGUGCAUCCCUCCUUAGAGGAUGAGAAGAGAAAGCACAAAAAGAAACGUCUUGUCCAGAGCCCAAACUCCUACUUUAUGGAUGUAAAAUGUCCAGGAUGCUACAAGAUUACCACUGUCUUCAGCCAUGCUCAGACAGUAGUUCUAUGUGUAGGGUGCUCAACUGUCCUGUGUCAGCCAACUGGGGGCAAAGCCAGGCUCACAGAAGGCUGUUCAUUUAGAAGAAAGCAACACUGAACAGUUCAGCAUGUGAUUUUUGGAUCUGAGCUCCUGAAAGCCUUACUAGUUUAAAAAUGCCUGUUACAACAAAAAUGUAAUUAUGAUUGAUUUUGUACAAAUUGCAUGCUACUGCUGACUAAUCUGCUGGAAUCUCUUUUUCAAUAAAUGAUCUGAAGUGCAAGUUUUUCCUGUAAGUUUGUAGACAACCGAGCUCUAUUUUUCUAAUUUUACGUUUAAACAGUAAAAACCUUGGACUUCUGUAUCCUGCCACUUGUUAAUCAUAAACUACAGCAGUGUAAUGCAUAUAGUGACAGAAACUGCUUUAAGAAUGCAUUAUGUGUAUUUUAUUGCUGCAGCUACCAUAACUGCAAGGGUUGCAAAAGCUAGAUAAGAUUUAAAAUGGCUCAUUUACUUUCAAUGUUGCUGUAAUCCCUUCCCCAUCUUGGGUAAUAGGGUGAUAAAUAAAAAUGUAAAGUUACUCA